AUGACGUUCCUUCAUUUCAAUCCAAACGCCACGGCACCAGGCACAAAAUUUCAGCGGAUGCCAGUUUCCCAUACCCAGCAACCUGCGAUCGGAAAGCGAACCGAUAAGGAUGAGAAGCCGGUCAACAAGGAGCCACCUAAGAUAUUUGAAAGUCAAGUAACCAGCUCAAUUGUGAAGGCAACAGACAUCCAGAAUCAGAACCUAGAUUUGCAUAUUGAUGUAGGCGGCAAUGAUUGGGAUUCGCUGUGUAGUCUCUUCUAUGUCGACAAUUCCGAUCCAUCGGAUACAUCGAUGUCCAUCACUACAAAUAAACGAACCUGUGACUAUGAAGAUGAUGAGGAGAGCAACACCAGUUUUGACCCACAGUGCAGUGGCUCCUGCAGCGACAAUGACAGUGUUGUGCUGGAGAUCAACUCGAGCAAAGAUAUGCCAGGGCUGGAUUACAAAAGAGGUGAUGUGGUGUCUAAGCCCCGAGCCCCGAGUGCUGGAGACAGCAAAGAUACAUCCAUUGCCAUUGAUGAUAGCGUUCAGGAUCUGAGCGAUGAUGAUAGGAUCCCGAUUUCCCUAACCGCGCCAAAUAUGUGCAGCUGGGAACCCGGUGUUGGGAGUGACGACGAGUCCGACUCUGAGGGCCAGACCCCACCAUCGCCAGUGUUGAUUGAAGAUGGCGGAGUGACAACAGAGGAGUGGUUGGUUGAUGAAAUCCUCGAAUCAAUGUUGGAGGAUGAUGACCAAGGGAUGCAGUGGUACUUGGUGAAAUGGAAAGGCUACGACCCUUCUUGGCAACCUGAACAUGAUCUGAUUCCUGGAUGUGAGGAGUUGGUCCAUGAGUUCCAUGCUAAAUUGGGGAAGGUAGAGAACCAUGGAUCUCGUAAGCGGCGUGGGAGACCACCUUUGAGGAAGCGCUCCAAGAAGGCACGGUUUACAGUUUAG